UAACUCCAAACACUGAUCACGAUGGCAAAGAGACGAGCCGCCGACUCACUCGAAGACUUCACCGCCGCAGAUUCUCCCGCAUCAAAACGGGCUCGCGUCGACGAUGAAGCCAACGACCUGGUGCCUACCAACGGCGCAGCCAGCAACGGUUAUAUGAUGCCCCUUCGGCCGCAGGAUCGAGACAAGAUAGACAUACUGGGGGCGGCAGAUGUAGAGCAUGCCGAGCUGGAGGAAGCUGGCGCGACGCCUACUGCUGCAAUGGACGGUGAUGAGGAGGAAGCUGCUCUCACGGCUCCCAUACGACAGGAGGCACCAGAAGAAGGAUACACAGAUCUAUAUCUAGACACCAUAGAUCGCGGAGUGCUAGAUUUCGACUUCGAGAAGCUGUGCUCAGUCACACUCUCAAACAUCAAUGUCUAUGCAUGUCUAGUCUGCGGGAAAUACUACCAGGGUCGAGGACCGAAAUCGCAAGCAUAUUUCCACGCGCUGGAAAUAGGACACCACAUCUACGUCAACAUGGAGACCAAGAAGAUCUACGUUCUUCCCGAAGGAUAUGAAGUCAAAUCGAAGUCACUCGACGACAUCAAGUUUGUAGUUGAUCCUCGACUGUCCCCCGCCGAAGUGUCUAUACUAGACAAGGAGCAGAAGCAGGCGUGGGAUCUUCUGGGUCGCAGAUACAUACCUGGCUUCGUUGGCAUGAACAACAUCAAGGCAAAUGACUACUUCAAUGUUGUUAUCCACGCCUUGGCGCACGUUGUUCCGCUUCGCAACUUUCUCAUGCUCGAAGACCUUUCCAAGCGUCCGCAGCUCGCACAGCGCUUCAGCAUUCUUGUCCGUAAGAUCUGGAAUCCGCGAGCCUUCAAAUCCCACGUCUCGCCGCAUGAGCUCCUCCAAGAGAUUGCCCUACGAUCCUCCAAACGUUACACCCUCACUGAACAAUCAGACCCUGUCGACUUCCUCUCGUGGUUCCUCAACAACCUCCACCUAGCCCUUGGGGGUUCUAAGACGAAACCAAACUCUAGCAUCGUUCAAAAGGUCUUCCAAGGCAGUCUCAAGAUCGAGUCUCAGCAAAUCACUGCCCGCGCCGAUGCUGGCGACCGACUCCGUUUCGAGGACGCCGCUGUCCAAACCGAAAUCUCGCGCUACCUCGUACUAACCCUCGACCUUCCACCCGCUCCCCUGUUCCAGGACGCUCUGGACAAAAACAUAAUUCCUCAGGUGCCUCUAACGGGUAUCUUGAGUAAGUAUGACGGUAUCCGGGCCCAGGAGCGUCUCAAUACCCGUGUGCGCUACCGACUCCUCCACCCACUCCCACCAUAUCUUCUCUUCCACAUCAAACGCUUCAGCCGCAACAAAUUCGUAUCAGAACGCAAUCCAACCAUCGUCACAUUCCCCGUUCGGUCGCUCGACAUGUCGCCAUACGUUGAACCCAAUCCGAAAUUAUACCCACCUGGCGAACCCGUUUGGUACGAUCUCGUCGCCAACAUCACCCACGAGGCCGUGCGCGUGCGAGAUGAUAGUGUAGAGGGAGAGCAGGAGAGUAAGGUAUGGCGAGUGCAGCUAAGAGACCGCAGCAGGGAGGAGUGGUGGGAGGUGCAGGAUUUGUUUGUUGAGAGAGAGCGAGCUGAGACUCUAUUCACCAAGGAGAGCUACGUGCAGGUCUGGGAGAGAAGGAAGCGAUCGAAGGGGAAGGGGAAGGCUUAACUGCCAGCUCCGGCAGUGGUUGGAUGCAUAGAGGAAUGAACGUAGUUGUACUAAAUAAGCUCUUGGGACGAGCGAUGUGGUUAGGAUACCACCUGCUUAGCCCCAAAAUGUCGAUCAAGCUUGAAAUCUGCUAGUAGGAUAGCCUAAGCCACUCCGCGUGAAAACUAGAUCGAUC